AUGAGGGCUGUCGUUGUCUUCGCGUGUUUGGUUCUUACGGUGUCAGCUGUAGAGAAAUAUAGUUCAAAGUACGACAACUUCGAUGUCGACACAUUGAUCUCUAAUGAACGUCUUCUGAAGUCAUACAUCAACUGUUUCUUGGACAAGGGCAGAUGUACCUCUGAAGGAGCAGACUUUAAAAAGCAUUUACCAGAGGCAAUAGAGACGACCUGCGGAAAAUGCAGUGACAAACAGAAGAGCAACAUCAAAAAAGUUAUCAAGGCUAUCCAGCAGCAACAUCCCAAGCAAUGGGACGAGCUUGUGAAGAAGAACGACCCAACUGGCAAACACAGGGACAACUUCGAUAAAUUCAUCCAAGGAAGCUAA